AUGGCUGAUAGAAAAGCAGUUGUCAAGAACGCUGACAUGUCCGAAGACAUGCAGCAAGACUCCAUUGAUAUUGCCACCCAGGCUAUGGAGAAGUUCAACAUUGAGAAGGACAUCGCUGCCUUCAUCAAGAAAGAAUUCGACAAGAAGUAUAACCCAACCUGGCACUGUAUCGUAGGAAGAAACUUCGGAUCUUACAUCACCCAUGAAACCAAGCACUUCAUCUACUUCUACUUGGGUCAGGUAGCUAUUUUGCUGUUCAAAUCAGGAUAA